UCUCUGGUUGUUUGCAUGCCAUAUGCCUAACAUUGUACACACUGAUUUUGACAAAAUGGCUUUGGUUUCUUCCACCUGUUCUUGAUCUCUAAAUCUGCCAAUUGCCAAAUUUCCAAUCUUUCCAAGACUCAAAGAAACCCAACAUCACAAAAAGCAGUUAUUAACAGUUACCCAAUUCACAGCAAACAUAGAAAGCUCAAGAUUUGCUGCCAAUUUUCUCUCUCUAGAAAACUCCCCCGAAAAAGCAAAAUGCCAUCCCAACAAAUUCUGCCCAUAUCAUACCAUCCACCUUCAGUCUUCUCAAGCUCAUCUUCUCCCACAGACAAACUGCUACUCAAAGAUGCAGAGGAUGACCCAACAACUAGGCUUCUCCUCUUUUCACAUUUUGAAGAAGAAGAUGAAGAGAAGGGCACCCCCAUAAUAAAGCCCCUUCUCCCUAGGGCCUCAAGUUACAUUACCACCACCACUAAUGGUGCCAACAAGCACCAGCAGAGGCGGCGCCGGACCGCCAGCGAUAGCUCCCUCUCUUCGCUCUCCGAUGAUAGCCGCAACAAUUCCUUGGGCCGUGAGGUGGAGCACGCUGCCGCCGAGACGUUCUUGGUGACCCGGUUAAGUUUGAAGCUAUUGAGAUAUCUUGGGGUAGGCUACAGAUGGAUUACAAGAUUUCUUGCCCUUGGUUGUUAUUCAUUUUUACUCAUGCCAGGAUUUAUUCAAGUUGGCUAUCAUUAUUUCUUCUCCAGUCAGGUUCGCAGAGGUAUAGUUUAUGGCGAUCAACCAAGAAAUAGGCUAGAUCUUUAUUUACCCAAAAAUACCGACGGGCCAAAGCCAGUCAUUGCAUUUGUAACUGGUGGAGCCUGGAUUAUUGGUUACAAAGCAUGGGGGUCUCUUUUAGGACAACAGUUAUCAGAAAGAGACAUCAUAGUGGCAUGCAUAGAUUACAGAAAUUUUCCUCAGGGUACUAUCAGUGAUAUGGUAAAGGAUGCUUCUCAAGGAAUCUCAUUUGUGUGCAAUCAUAUUGCUGAUUAUGGAGGUGAUCCUAAUAGGAUUUAUCUAAUGGGACAAUCAGCUGGUGCACAUAUUGGUGCGUGCGCACUCAUUGACCAGGCAAUCAAGGAGGCUGGUGAAGGAGAGAGCACUUCUUGGAGUGUUUCCCAGAUAAAGGCUUACUUUGGUCUAUCUGGAGGGUACAAUUUGCUUAACUUAGUGGAUCACUUCCACCGUCGAGGUUUAUACCGUUCAAUCUUUUUAGGCAUAAUGGAAGGGGAGCAAUCAUUGCAACGUUUUUCUCCAGAACUCAUGAUUCAGGACCUGAACAUUAGACAUGCUGCUUCUCUCCUACCUCCAAUUAUUUUAUUUCAUGGUACAGCAGAUUAUUCCAUACCAUCAGAUGCCAGCAAGAAUUUUGCAGAAACUCUUCAGAGACUUGGAGUGAAAGCUAAAUCGAUUCUUUAUGAAGGGAAGACUCACACGGAUUUGUUUCUUCAGGAUCCAAUGCGAGGUGGUAAAGACGAUAUGUUUGAAGAUUUAGUAGCUAUCAUUCAUGAAGGUGAUUCAGAGGCUCUUGCCAAAGACGCAGUGGCUCCGCCAAGAAAACGUCUUGUACCUGAGUUCAUGUUGAAGUUGGCUCACCGUGUUAGCCCAUUCUAGCCAUUUUGUCAAUCAGUUAUCAGCCCCUUGAGUUUCUUGGUGAUUUACUCUAUUCAUUUUGUACAUAUCAUUAAUGACAGUUGAAGUGUUUACCCCUUAUUUUUUGGGUAACCUUCAGAUUUACCCGCUUCUCUUGUCUCAUAUCAAAGAUUUUAUUUCCCGUUGUAUAAUGUCUGAAAGAUUCUGGAAACUUGUAUAAUCGUAUUAGGAUGAUAUGUAAUGAUAUUGACGACCUUAAGGGGAUAUUUGUAAUCAUAAACCCAGAUUAUUUUA